AUGCAGUCGCCUGUGUUCACCCUUUCGGGUCAGCGCUCCAGCCUGGUGAAAUCUACUGAAACCUACCUCACCUCGAUUCUGGUGCGGCCAUCACCGCUAUCCUCUCAGUUUCUGGUCUUGUUUAUGGACCUGAAAGUACUGACUAGCUACUUAAAGUACCACUCGGCCCUGAAUACCACCAGGGUGGACUGGUUGUCGAUGAACGGAGACCCGGGAAAGAAGAACCGGUCUAGGGCUGUCACGGAGUCGUUUGACCUUUCCGAUCGGCUUGGCCUCCUGAUGCCGAAGCGAUGCCUCAGGAAAGGUAACGUGGACACCAGCCGGGCUCGACAAGGUCUUGCUCAGUAUUCAGCCCAGGCCCAGGCCCAGCAUCACCAACACCAAUACCAUUCACGACCGCCUGAUCAGCUGGCCCGCACUCCAUCGCUCACCCCGAUCAGUACUCACUUUGUGGCUUACAACUCGACCCCCAAGAAGAGCGGUGGACGCCGCCAAACGGCAAUCUCUCCGCUCAGAGGCUCGAUUCCAAGACAUCCUGGACAAAGGAGCAGCACCGAGAACACCGCCGACUGCGUCGCCACGGGCAGCAACCACCGGACUUGCAGACUCACCGCUAUGUUGUCCCUGGCCUCCCUUCUUAACCCGGCGCCUCCUGGGCCUCCGCCGCCAACUCCUCGGUAUCGACCAAGUCCGGGCCUGUCGUCGCCUGCUACAUCCUAUUCCGACGACUGCACGAGCCUGAUGUUCGAAAGACACCUUGCCUCUUCGACAAAACCGCCCAAGAUGGUCAAGGAGUCUGGAGGCUUCGUCAAGUCCAAGGCCAAGGGCACUGUUAACUUCCCGCCCUUCGAGAACCUGAACGAGGCCUCACUCCGAGAGAUUAAGAGAUACCAGGUAUACCCCUAUGGCAAGAUCCAGGAGUAUUGUCGACAUAUACCCUACAACAGCGGCAAGAAGGACUUCUACGAGAAGACGGGCCGCGAGAGCUUUGAAGUCUUCCAGUACAUCUUCAAAGUUCCGGGUGAUGAUUCCGAAUACACGGUCAUGUGGGAUUACAAUACCAUGCCAGCCAAGAUGCUGAACAUGAACCCUGGCCUCCGCGACAUCACUCACAGCAUUACCGGAGGUUCUAUCAUGGCUCAGGGCUACUGGAUGCCCCACGCGUGCGCCAAAGCCGUCUGCGCGACGUUCUGUGCGCCCAUUGCCGGCGCCCUGAUCCCAAUCUUCGGCCCUGACUUUCCUUCCCAGUGCACAUCCCCCGACGCCCCGGAACACGGUCGGAUGGCCAUUGAUCCCGCAAUCGUGGCAGAGUCCGGACGUGAGGCCGAGUUAUUCCGCCGGGUGUUCGCCAAUGUCAACGCCGCCAAUGUCAACAGCCACCUGCCUCUUCACCCGCAACAGAUGCACCACUAUAGCCAUGGCUCAGCGCUCCCAAGCCCCACCAGCAUCCCCAGUCCACGUCUUGCACGCCGCGGCCUACACCGGCAUGGUUCUCCAUACGACUACGAGAGGGACCGCGUUGACUUCGGCGGACGUGUGUGCUUCAAGAGGGGCAUGGACAGUCCGCAUGCUACGGAAUCAGACCCGGAGAUACACAUCGAGCCAGAGACGCCUUCCUUGCCUCACGCCUCUCACCACCGCAGCUUGCCAUACUCGCCCAUGUCGCCACCACGGUCUAGCGGCUGGACGGUCGCGAACCACCCCGGACAUUCUCACUCGUCCUCAGCGUUAUCCAACAAUCUUCCUCACACCUAUUCCGAUGACUUCCUGUAUCCGAGCGGCCCAAAUCCCUUACUCAGCGCAAUCCCCCGUUUCGGCCAUGCCAGUAGGCUUGACCACUACCAGACCUCCCAGAGGCUCCCUCCUAUCUCCCGCACCUCAGCGGCGUGGAACACGUCCAAGCGGCCAGCGCCAGAGGCCGAGGUGGAGUUCGACUACGACGGCCAGAGCGAGAGCAGCCCCACUACCACAGUCACCACGGCGACGUCUAGAGCCUCAGGGGGCCGUGACCGGGACCGCGAGGACGACGAGCCUCCCACGGCUUCCAAUGCCGCGACCACCGGUGCCGAGAAGAACGCGGCCAUGUUGCUGAUGAAUUUGAGCGUGAGGGACCACCGGGACGUUCGGUGCGGCGGUGACCGAGAGAACGGUGGCCCGCCCCCUGAGGGCGACUGCAUCCCGCGCGGCUGUGGACAAGAGUCGAUGUCGAUGUCGCCUGUAUCGGCGACGGCGGACGGACAUAGAAGCAAGAGACGUAGGGCAACCUCAAUGUAA